UCACUUAGAUUGGGAUCUGAACAGUAUGCAAGAUUUUUCUCUAAAUCAGAAAAGACAGUCCUAGGUUAAACCCUCAAAAAAGGUAUUUUGAAGGGGGCUGUUUGUAUUCAGAGUGCCAGAGAACGCCUUGUCAUUUCCCUUCAGACAGGGGAUUUCCGCUGGUUGCUUUCUGUCUCUUCAUCUCUGUUCUGCACUCGGUCCCUUGCUCUGUCGCGGGGCCCCUGUUUUCCUGUAACCAACUACUCAGAGCCGAUCAAAGAAGGAAAGAAGAGCAAACGCGCCCGCCCGCUCCAAUUCCCUUUGCUCUGCUGCUCGCCAACCGCAGAGCCGAUCGAGACGGAACCGCUGUCAUUCCUUUAACCCAGCUCAGCUGAUCGGUUGCCGCCGCCGCCGCCGCCAGAUUCCGCAGGCGAAAAACGCAAAGCUUAGAACAUGGACGUGAGUCUCGCCCCACUCCGCGCCUGGGACGAUUUCUUCCCGGGCUCUGACCGCUUCGCACGGCCGGACUUCACGGACAUUUCAAAAUGGAACAACCGCGUGGUGAGCAACCUGCUCUACUACCAGACCAACUACCUAGUAGUGGCUGCCAUGAUGAUUUCUGUCGUGGGGUUUCUGAGCCCCUUCAACAUGAUCCUUGGAGGGAUCGUGGUGGUGCUGGUGUUCACAGGGUUUGUGUGGGCAGCCCACAAUAAAGACGUGCUCCGCCGGAUGAAGAAGCGAUACCCCACGACGUUUGUGAUGGUGGUCAUGCUGGCUAGCUACUUUCUCAUAUCCAUGUUUGGGGGAGUCAUGGUCUUUGUGUUUGGCAUCACUUUUCCUCUGCUGUUGAUGUUUAUCCAUGCGUCAUUGAGACUUCGGAACCUCAAGAACAAGCUGGAGAAUAAAAUGGAAGGAAUUGGUCUGAAGAGGACGCCAAUGGGCAUUAUCUUGGAUGCCCUAGAACAGCAGGAAGAAAGCUUCAACAAAAUCUCUGACUAUAUCAGCAAAGUGAAAGAAUAAACAUAGCUUACUUGGUGACAAGGUUGCAGCAGAAAUGGAGUUGCAGUUUGCCCUUGUCCAGACCUACUUUCUGUUUGUGUUUUUGAAAUAGGAGGUGCACAUACCACCCAACUAUCUAUGGCAGCAUGCAUGUAUAGGCCAAACUAUUAACAUCUCUGAUGUUACAGAGAAAAGGCCUCAGAAACUGAAAGAAAACGAUCCUGCUAUUGUGUCUGAAGUUUCAAGUGUAUUUAUGUAAUCUGAUAGGAAAUGGAUCACACUUAUUUCUUUAGGAGAAUAAAAGAAAAGAAAAUAAUUAUAGAUUUUACAGCAACAAUACUGUUAUCUUGUAGGGAAAAAAAAGUAGUUGUAAAGUAUCAAGGCAUUGAGUAAAUGGAAGGGCUGUAAAGUAGAUGAUGUCAUGUGUUAGCCUGUUUCUAAUCCCCUCCAGCGUUCCCCUCCAAAAAUAUUUCCUAGGAUUGUAAUGCGUGGGGUAUAAAUUAGUUUAGUUUUUAUUAUUAUUCUUUUAAAAUCAAAGGUGAUCUAUUUUACUUUGCCACCUGUUUGACAUGCAGUGGAAACUGGAUAAGCCAGUUUAUACUUUGUUUACAAAUAUAAUGAUAGUUGUUUAGGAGAGUAUUUUGUUAAAUUUUUGUAACUUUUUGAAAUGUGUUUUCACCAGCAGGUGUCUGUUGCAAAUUUAAUGUCAUCUUCCUUAAGGAGGUUACAGCUGUGUAACCUGUGUUAUUCUUGAUAGACUUGUUAGAAAACAAACAAAAAAAUUAAACAAAACUUGAUGUAUUCAUCCAUUUCUGUUGCUUAUAACAGAAUACCUGAAACUGGGUAAUUUAUAAAGAAACAAAAUUUAUUUCUUACAGUUUUGGAGUCUAGGAAGUCCAAGAUUCAGGGGCAAUACUUCUGGGUGGGAACUCUUUACAGGGUCCCCUAGCAAUGCAGGGUAUCACAUAGCGAGGAAAUCUCAGGAGGUCUCAUGUUCUCCUUAUAAAGCUAACAGUCCACACCCGUGAUAACUCUAUGAAUGAAUUAAUCCACUCACAAAGGCACCAUCCUUGUGAUCCAAUCACUUCUCAAAGGCCCCACCUUUCAAAUAUCAUAACAGAAUUUCCCACCCUCUUAACACUGUUACAGUGGGGAUUAAAUUUCCAGCACGUGAACUUUCAGAGGACACAUUUGACCCACAGCACUUGAGUUCUGUUUAUAUUGCACAUUUUUUGUCAUUAUAAUCGAAAAAAAGGUGUCCAAGAUAAUGUUUCCCAUACUUUUUUCUAUGUUUCUUUUUUAACUGAAACUUUUAGAAAGAAGGAAAUGAAUGUGCACUUUAAAAUUCCUUAGGGGCACAGAGAGGACAAUAACAGCUGAUCUUUUGAAAUCUGAAAAGCAUCUUUAGAUGACAAAGCAAAAAGACUUAAAAACGAGAAUGAAAGUGGGAGGGAUCACCAGCUUCUGCAGCUCAUAAAAAUUUUACAUAGCAAUUGUCACAACCAUAUGCUUUUACAGAUAGACAUUAGAAGUAAAACAGCAUGAGUUUAUAUAUUCUGUUACUUUCAUCCCUUUAUUUCUCAUGUAUUUAGAAAUAGAUUAUAAAAAAUGUUUUGUUUGACAAUUAAGUGAUUUCAUAGAUGAAGUAGGAAACAUUUUGGUUUCCCUAACAUUGAAUUCUGAAGACAAUUGGAGCGGAACUUACUGGAGAAACUCUGUAUGUCCUAGAAUAAGAAGCAAGUGCGUAUGCUGCUCCUGAUUUUUCUUGCAUUUUAGUUUCUCAGCCAACAUGCAGCCUCAUCUUUAGCGCAGUGAUACCAUCAUGACUUCACAGAUAUGUUCUAGAAUCUGUACCCUUACCCAAAUAUGAAGAAUAAAAUGUAUCAAAGGUU